AUGGGUGGGCAGGGAGGAGAGGAGGACAACCCCGAGGACAAUCCCGAGGACAAUCCCGAGGACAAUCCCGAGGACAAUCCCGAGGACAAUACCGAGGGCGAUCCAACGACCCCCUCACAGUAUCAAUGUGUCGUGUGCAGGGAGUAUGGACCCGAGAAGGACAGGAUAGGUAGCCGUUGCUUUCAUUGCUACUGCAAAGACUGUCUCAUUCGUUACCUCGAGCAUUCUCUUGCCCAGGAUUUCUUUUUCCCUCCCGAGUGUUGUGGCGAACCAAUUCCAUUGACUGCCAUGCUGAUCUUCCUGAGUCCUGACCUCAUUGAACGGUACCUCGAAAGAGUGGUCGAGAAGAACGACCGGGACAGGACCUACUGUGCAGACCCGCACUGCGCUCGCUAUCUCCUUCCGGCCCAGGGAUUAGACGACAGUGUUCGCUCGUGCAAAAAGUGCCCGACACGGACAUGCACACGGUGCAAGACCAGAUCGCACGAUGGUGCUUGCAUUGGCCAGGACUCGGAAGUGUUGCAAAUGGCUAUAGACGAAGGCUGGAAGCGUUGUCUCGAAUGUCACAACCUCGUAGAGCUGAUCUUUGGCUGCAACCAUAUCAUGUACGAGCAUAACCCCUCUAUCGACUCGUACGAGCACACCCUCUGA